CACAACAAAAGAUGCACAAGGUACACCACCUUGUAACUAAACUCCACUAAUCCAUUGUAUUAAAAUCAGUUGAGGAACAGCGGAACUUCCAAAGCAGCAGCAAAUAGCAAUUGAAAGCUGCGCUGCUUCACCUCUGUGCUUAUGCAAAUCCGGCCAUUUCUGUGUAUCUAUAUAUAUACAUACAUAUAAUAUAUAUAUAGAGAGAGAAGGUGUAAAGGAUGAUGUGGGUUCGAUCGAUUCGGCGGCCAUUAUCAUCGUUGAUUCUACUUCAGUCGCGCGCCCCGAAUUAUUCCUCAUUGUCAGUUUCAGCAGCUGCAGUAGAAGCAGAACGAUGUAUUAAGGAAGGCCCGAGAAAUAACUGGACUAGAGAUGAAAUCAAGUCUAUUUACGAUUCACCGCUUCUCGAUCUCCUCUUUCAUGGAGCUCAAGUACAUAGACAUUCUCAUAACUUUAGAGAAGUACAACAGUGUACUUUGCUGUCUAUUAAGACAGGAGGCUGCAGUGAAGACUGUUCAUAUUGUCCUCAAUCAUCUAGAUACAACACAGGACUGAAAGCACAGAAACUUAUGAAUAAGGAUGCCGUUCUGGAAGCUGCAAGAAAGGCAAAAGAGGGAGGUAGCACUCGUUUUUGUAUGGGUGCCGCAUGGAGGGAUACAAUAGGAAGGAAAACCAAUAUGAACCAGAUCGUCGAGUAUGUGAAGGAAAUAAGGGACAUGGGAAUGGAGGUUUGCUGCACCUUGGGAAUGCUUGAGAAGCAACAAGCUGUCGAGCUCAAGAAAGCAGGUCUUACAGCAUACAAUCACAAUCUUGACACCUCAAGAGAAUACUACCCUAAUAUUAUAACCACUAGAACUUAUGAUGAGCGGCUGGAAACACUGAAGCAUGUACGUGAAGCAGGAAUUAAUGUGUGUUCAGGUGGAAUAAUAGGGCUUGGUGAGGCUGAAGAGGAUAGAAUUGGUUUGUUGCAUACCCUGUCAACUCUUCCAACUCACCCUGAGAGUGUGCCGAUUAAUGCACUUAUUGCAGUAAAAGGCACACCACUGGAAGACCAGAAGCCAGUGGACAUAUGGGAUAUGAUUCGGAUGAUUUCGACAGCAAGAAUAACAAUGCCAAGCGCAAUGGUUAGGCUUUCUGCAGGAAGAGUUCGGUUUUCUGUCCCCGAGCAGGCUCUUUGUUUCCUUGCUGGUGCCAAUUCCAUAUUUACAGGUGAGAAGUUGUUGACUACACCGAAUAAUGACUAUGAUGCUGAUCAGAAUAUGUUCAAAUUACUUGGACUUGUUCCUAAAGCUCCAAAUUUCUCUGAGGAUGAAAAAGAUUCUGAGGAUGAAAAGAUGGAAGCAUCUGUUUAGUUUAGUUUUGUUCAUUCUGAGAUGUCUAGGUAAUCCUUCAGGGAUCUUUUACCUAAACGUAUGACUCCUCAUGAAAUUUUACCAUGAAUCUAAGUUUUUAAUAUACCAUGUUAAUGUUAUUUGCUGA